AUGCGCUUGAACCAACUGCGAAUCUCCGGCUUCAAGAGCUUUCCGGAACAGGCGGAGAUCGCAUUCGACGCCGGGGUGACCGCCAUCGUCGGUCCGAAUGGAUGCGGCAAGAGCAACCUCAUAGAUGCCAUCACGUGGGUGCUGGGUGAGCAGAGCGUGCGGAGCCUGCGCGGCGAGCGGAUGGAGGAUGUCAUCUUCGGCGGCAGCGACGGCCGCCGGCCGACCGCAACGGCCGAGGUCCGACUGCGUUUCUCCAACGUUGCGGCUGCCGCGACCAUGCUCAACGGGAACGGCGCGCCCGCCGGUGAAUCGAAUAUCGAGGUCGGCCGGCGAUUGUUCCGGUCUGGCGAGAGCGAGUACCUGAUCGACGGCCGGGUCUGCCGGUUGCGCGACAUCCAGGACCUGCUGAUGGACUCCGGGGUGGGGGUCAAGGCGUACGCGAUCGUCGAGCAGGGCAAGAUCGGUCACAUCCUGAGCGCACGUCCUUUGGAACGGCGCCAGCUGCUCGAAGAAGCGGCAGGCGUAACGAAAUACAAGAGCCGCCGCCGGGCCGCCGAGCUGAAGAUCGAGGCGGCAAGACAGAACCUGACCCGCGUCGACGACAUCAUCUUCGAGAUCGACAACCAGCGGAACGCGCUCAAGCGUCAGGCGGCAAAGGCGCGGCGGUACCGGGUCUUGCGUGAGGAUUUGCGCCGCUGGGAGAAGGUGCAGCUCGCCCGCGCCAGCGCCGCGCUGGCGCUGACCAUCGAGGCUGCCGAGCAGCGUCUGGCAGAUGCCCGCGUCCGCGAGCAGGGCGCAGCGGCCCGCGUGGCUGAGCUGGAGACGGCGCACGAGCGGCACCGGCUUGCGCUCGCCGAGGCCGAUCGGGCUGCCACCGCCGCCCGCGCGGCGGCGCAUGCCCACGAGCUGGCGGCCGGGCGCCUCCAGCAGCAGAUCGAGUAUGAGACGCAGCAGGUUGCGACGCUGACCUCAACAGCCGCCGCGCUCGAAGCAGAUGGCGCGUCGCUCGAGGCGAGGCGGUCGCCAUUGCAGGAGGAGCUUUCCUCGCAGGUCGAGGCAGCCCGGCGCUGCGCCAGUGAUCGGGAGUCCUCCGCCGAAGACGUGCGGGCCGCCGAGGCGGCGCACGAGGAAGCGCAGGCGGCGGUCGAAGGUAUCGAGGUUGACGUCGAAGCGGUGCGCAGCGCCGAAUUUGCAGCCGUGAGUGCGGCGGCGGUGCUGCAGAAUGUGGUGCAGAACGCCACCGAGGCGUGUGACCGCAUCGAUGCCGAGAUCGUCCGCCUCGCUACGGAGGCCGCCGACCUGGAGAUCGAAUCGGCGAAACUUGCCGCGGGGCGCAAGGAGAACGCGGCGGUUGUUGCGCGCGUGCGCGCCGUGCUCGACAAGGUCCGCGACGAGCGGGUGGACCGCGAGGCCCGGCUGGCCGCGGCCAACGAUGCACGCCAGGCCCUGUUGGCGGAUACGCGCGCCCGCGAACAGGAGUUGGCAAACGUUUCGGCCCGGAUAGCCUCGCUCGACGCGCUGAUCGCGUCGCGCGAAGGGUACGGCGACGCAGCGCGGCUUGUGCUGACCGCGCCGGACGGCGACCUGCAGCAUCUCGGUGCUGUUGCGGACCACCUGGAAGUGGACCGCAAGCACGAGUUGGUUGUCGAGGCGGGGUUGGACGACCUUCUCCAUGCGCUGGUGGUCCGGCAUGAGCGGGACGCACGCGCGGCGAUGGCGUUCAUUGCAGCGCACGGCGCCGGCCGCUGCGACUUCCUCAUCGCCGAGGCGGCCGCAGCCGACACGCCGCGAGGCGCCCCGCCGGACGCCGCGCUGAUCCCGUUCACGGAUCUCGUGCGCGUGAAUGGUCCCGCCGCCGCCGCGGUCCGCGGGCUGCUUGCGCGGCGCUGGCUCGCGCCGUCCUUCGAAGCGGCGUCGGCGGCGGCCCGCACCGCCGGCGACACGAUUGUGACGCCGGACGGGGCCGUAUUUCACGGUGUUGCGUUGGUGCGCGGCGGCGGCAGGUCAGAGGAAGGUGGAAUCCUGCGCCUCCGUGGCGAGAUCAAGGAGCUUCACGUACGCCAGGCUUCCGAGCAGGCUGCGGUGCAGCGCCUCGCCGACGAUGAGGAGACGCUCGAAGCCGCCGCCGCGCGCGCGGCGGCCGAGUUGAAGGCGCUGCAAGGGAACGAGCACACGCGUGAAAAGGAGUUGCUUGAAGCGGAGCUCCGACUUGCGCGCUGGGACGAUGAGAACGCGCGUUUGACGAGGCGGCGUGAACUGAUUCGGACCGAGGAUCGCCGGGCCCGGGAAGAGCGCGAGGAGCAGACGGCAAAGCGGGACGAGGCGCAGCAGUCCAUCGCCCGGCGGGAGGCCGAGCGGCAGGCAGCCGAGGCACGGCAUCGGGGCGCCCGGCAACAAUUGGUGGACGCGCGGGCCACGGUCCAGACGUUGGGCGCACGGGCCAGCGAGGUCAAGGUUGCCCACGCGGAGCUGGUGGAACGGGCGGCUGGUCUGGAGGCGGACGUCGGGAGGAUUGAGGCGGCGGCCGCCGAUCUCGAUCGGCGCGUGCAGGCCAGCGCGGCUGGCCGUCAGGACGCCAUCGACCAGCGGAAAGCGCUGAAGGAGUCCAUCGCGGGCGCCGGAGCACGUGUCGACGAUGAGGUGCGAAAGCUCGAUGCGCGGCGUUCUGACGUCCGCGACCUCGACGCCCGGGCGGCCGAGCUGCGCGACCGCAUCACCGAGCAGGGACAGCAGGUGCAGGCCGCGCGGGAUGUGCUCGAGACCUGCCGCGCGGAGGUCGGCGGCCUUGAAGUCGACAAGGCGCGCGCCGAGGCCGAUCGCGACAGUCUGGCUGAAUCGUGCCGCGAGGAAUUCCAGCUCAGCCUGGACGAGGUCCGCGCCGAGGUGGAGCAGCUCGAACGGGACGGUGUGAUCGCGCUCGACGCCCGGCGGCUGGCGUCCGCGGACGACCAUGCCGCGGAGCCGGUAGAGCCACCGUCCACCGACGCGGCGGCCGCACCCGCAGACGCGGCAUCCGGCGGCGCUUCGCGCCUGCCGUCCGCCGCUGACGUCGUCGCCCGGCUGCGCACCCGCAUCGAGCGCCUCGGCCCGGUCAACAUGAUGGCGAUCGAGCAGUUCGACGAGCUUGAGCAGCGCCACGAAUUCCUGACGACGCAGCGCGCGGACCUGCUCGACUCCAUCGCGUCGACCGGGAAGGCGAUUGAGCGGAUCAACACGGCGACCCGGGAUCGGUUCAAGCAGGCGUUCGAGGCCAUCAACGCGAACCUGCAGCAGACGUUCUCCACGUUGUUCGGCGGCGGCAGCGCCAGCCUCGUACUGUUGGACGAGGCCGAUCUGCUGGAGAGUGGCAUCGACAUCAUCGCCCAACCGCCCGGCAAGCGGCUCCAGAGCGUGCAGUUGCUGUCGGGCGGCGAGAAGGCGCUGGCGGCCAUGGCGCUGAUGUUCGCGGUCUUCAAGUACAAGCCGAGUCCUUUCUGUUUGCUCGACGAGAUCGACGCGCCGCUCGACGACGCCAACAUCGGCCGUUUCGUCGAGGUGCUGCGGGGCAUGCAGGACGAGACGCAAUUCGUACUGGUGACCCACAACCGGAAGACGAUGGAAAUUGCCGACCGUCUCUACGGGGUCACCAUGGAAGAGCCCGGGGUAUCGAAGCUGGUUUCGGUCUGGCUCAACUGA